AUGAGAUUUAGAGCGAAGAAUGGUGCGAAUAGUACAACCGUGUCUCUAAAUGUCGCUAAAGCAUGGAGCGCAGGUUAUACCGGGAAAGGAGUUCUUGUAGCUGUUGUGGAUGAUGGCGUAAACAAGGAUCAUCCUGAUUUGGUUUCGAACUUGAAUUUUAAGGCGAGUUAUGACUUUUUGAGUAACCGAAGGGAAAACGCAAAUCAUAACUCAGACAGUCAUGGAACACAGUGUGCUGGGAUAAUUGCCGGAGGAAAUAAUACGAAGUGUGGCGUGGGAAUCGCUUUUGAAUCACAGAUUUCAAGCAUUCGAUUAUACGACGAGACCAUCAACAGAUAUUCAACUGAUGAAUUAGAAGCCAAGGCCUUAAGCUUCAAGAGAGACAUGAUUGAUAUCUACUCCAACAGCUGGGGGCCCGGCGACAGGCCAUUCGAAGUGGAAGGGCCUGGUUCUCAACUUAGAGACGUGCUCUACAAUGGGACUCGACUGGGGCGCAAAGGCAAGGGCUCCAUCUUCGUCUUUGCAGCGGGAAAUGGUGGAGUACUUUCAGACAGUUGUGCGUAUAAUGGUUAUGUAAACAGUGUCUAUACUAUCGCUAUCUCUGGAGUGAAUCAUGAUGGGACCAUACCAGCAUAUGCUGAGCCGUGUGCAUCCAUCAUGGCUGUGACAUAUGGACAAGACAUGUUUAGAUAUGGAAAAUAUAUACCUCCUGUGGUCACAGUGAAAGGAUCAGCUGGUUGCACAGAGAAAUUCCCCGGCAGUUCUGGCGCUACCGCAAUGGCUUCUGGUAUAAUUGCCUUGGCACUCCAGGCAAACUCAAACCUGACCUGGCGGGACGUUCAACAUAUAGUUGUUAGAAGUUCCCAGCCCAUCAGACCUGCCAAGAAAGUUCGGAGUGCUUCUCGCUCAAGGCCUAUCUGGACAGAAAAUGCUGCUGGUCUAAAAAUGAGCAAGCACUUUGGAUUUGGGUUGAUGGAUGCUUUCAGUAUGGUGAAAUAUGCGAAGAAUUGGCGUCCUGUACCUCAACAGCUUUCCUGUGAACUCAAGCUAGACGUCUCAAAUUCCUCUAGAGUGGUGAUUCGUUCCCAUGAAAACUCACGCUUCACCUUAACUCUGAGGCACACAGACUGCGGUAUCAGAUAUUUAGAGCAUGUACAAGCAGAAAUCAAUCUGCAGUUUCCUCGUCGAGGUGAACUGGAAAUGGUUUUAACGUCACCUGGUCGAACUGAGUCAAAACUUCUUUACCCACGGGUAAUGGACACUUAUGCUGGUUUCCAAAAUUAUACAAACUUGCAAGUAACUAGCCUGGCUUACUGGGGGGAGGAGCCUACUGGUGACUGGAAGAUAACGAUAGGAAAAGCAAGAAAAAGAUGGAGAACGAAUAACAAUAGAAAAGGUAGAAUUUUUGGCUUGAAGCUUAUUCUCUAUGGAACCAAGAAAGAUCCUCUCGCUGAAAACUAUCAUGUCCACAGAAAUAUUAAGAAAGUAAAGGUUGUCAACAUUGACCGUCGAAAAAGAGAAAUCCCCAUUCACGGUGGUUAUUCAUGGUGGAGCUACUGGGGAGAGUGUAGUGAGAAAUGUGGAAAAGGAACUCAAAAACGCUAUCGCAAGUGCACAAAUCCCCCACCAGAAAAUAAUGGAAGAGACUGCAAAGGGCCAAGUGAAGAUUUAAGAAGUUGUCGAGGUUACAGGUGCCCAGUUGAUGGAGGUUACUCGCAAUGGACCAAAUGGUCUAACUGCAAUGUGGAAUGUGAAAAUGGAACUCAGGAGCGUCGUCGGUCCUGUAACAGUCCGCGACCUAGGUUUGAUGGGAAGCCAUGCGUAGGGUCUAAUAAAGACGAAAGGUCAUGUAGCAGCCAUGCUGAGUGCCAAAAACGCGUUGAUGAAGGUUUCUCCCAGCGGAACGAAAGUCACCAAAAUCACGUUUGUGGGAACAUUGCAUCACCAACAAGUUGCCAACGGCACUUUGAUGAUGGAAUGUGUUCCAAUCCAUCAGUUCGUAGAAUGUGUCGAAAGACUUGUGGUCUAUGUCCAGCUGUAUCCACUCAUGGUGGAACUCAGCAACGUUUGCGUUCAUGUAAGAGAGGGGGAAACUGUCCUAGACGGGGACCAUAUACACAAUCAAGGAAAUGCAACACACAAAGUUGCCCAGUGUGUGCCAAUAUUGCAACUGAAAAAUUAUGCCAAAAGUACUUUGAUGAUGGAUUGUGUUCGAAUCCAUCAAUGCGUGGGAUGUGUCAAGCGAAGUGUGGAUUAUGUCCAGUUUGCAAGAAUGCAUUGACUGAUUCACAGUGCCAAAAGUACUUCAACGACGGAUCAUGUUCUGAAUCUUGGGUUAAGAAAGCGUGUCGGAAGACUUGUCUCUCGUGCUAAGCUAAAUAUUUCUGGAUUGCUCAAAAGGCCAACUCCAAUGUAGCUUUGUUGGUUUAUUAGCUCGACGUUUCGACCG